GUUCAGGCUCCCUGCACCAGCUCUCCGGCCUCGGGCGGAGGGCCCGACGGCGACCACAGUCGGCGGCACCCCGGGGUGGGCCGCCCGGCUCCUCCAUAGGUGGCUCCGUUUCCGACUUCGCCCUGGCUCCACUCCGGGGGCUUGACGUGCAAACUUCGCCGGAGCGAGCUGAGAGGGAGGGACCGGCGAGGGGGAGGAGGCGGCGGGAGGCGCCUCUGCUUAAGGGAGCCGGCCGGGUGCCGCCGCUCGGACGGACGCGCGGACGGAAGGGCCCGGGCCGGGGAUGCGAGCGGCCUCAGGGAGCGGAAAGAAUGUCGGAGCGGGCCGCGGAUGACGUCAGGGGGGAGCCGCGCCGAGCGGCGGCGGCGGCGGGCGGAGCAGCGGCGGCGGCCGCCCGGCAGCAGCAGCAGCAGCCUCCGCAACCCCAGCGGCAGCCGCCGCCGCCACGGCGCCUACGGCCGGAGGACAGCGGCCCCGGCGCCGCCUCCACCUCGGCCGCCGCCGCCAUGGCGACCGUCGGGGAGCGCAGGCCCUUGCCCAGUCCCGAAGCGAUGCUGGGACAGUCGUGGAAUCUGUGGGUCGAGGCUUCCAAACUUCCUGGGAAGGACGGGGCGGAAUUGGACGAAAGUUUCAAGGAGUUUGGGAAAAACCGCGAAGUCAUGGGGCUCUGUCGCGAAGGUGAGUCCAGCCCCCUGAAGGAUCCGUGCCAGCCCCGGGGAAGUUUCCUUGCUGGCUUCACCAGGGCAGGGGACGCUCGCCCACCUACCCACUCCUCCCCGGCGCGCGAGGAUGCUGCCGGAGGAGGAAGAAGCGGGAGGACCGACGAAGCGGUUGGAAAUCUGGUUUCCGAGGGGCUUUCCGUGAUGGGAGCGUCCUGGAGCCUCCGGUGGAGGCCUGGCGCGGUGCGGCGGCUCAGUGACAUGCCAAUAUUUGGUCUCUGUCCAGCCCACGAUGAUUUCUACUUGGUGGUGUGUAACGACUGCAAUCAGGUUGUCAAACCACAGGCAUUUCAAUCCCAUUAUGAAAGAAGACAUAGCUCAGCCAGCAAGCCUUCUUUGGCCGUUCCUCCCACGUCAGUAUUCUCCUUCUUCCCUUCUCUGUCCAAAAGCAAAGGCAGCAGUGCCAGUGGGAGCAGCCGCUCUGCCAGCGGCGGUGUUCUCAGCGCAUCCUCAUUAAGUUCCAAGCUGUUGAAAUCGCCCAAAGAGAAACUGCAGCUCAGGGGGAACACCAGGCCAAUGCAUCCCAUUCAGCAGAGUAGAGUCCCCCAGGCUAGAAUCAUGACGCCCUCUGUCAAAAUGGAAAAGCUUCAUCCGAAGAUGGAUGGUACACUACUGAAAUCUGCGCUGGGGCCAACCUGUCCUGCUACUGUGAGUUCCUCAGUCAAGCCUGGCCUUAACUGCCCCUCAAUACCAAAGCCAACCUUGCCUUCACCUGGACAGAUGCUGAAUGGCAAAGGGCUUCCUGCACCGCCCACUCUGGAAAAGAAGUCUGAAGAUAAUUCCAAUAACAGGAAAUUUUUAAAUAAGAGAUUAUCAGAAAGAGAGUUUGACCCUGACAUACACUGUGGGGUGAUCGAUCUCGACACCAAGAAGCCCUGCACCCGGUCUUUGACAUGCAAGACACAUUCCUUAACCCAACGGAGGGCUGUCCAGGGUAGAAGAAAACGAUUUGAUGUGUUAUUAGCCGAGCACAAAAACAAAACCAGGGAAAAGGAAUUGAUUCGCCAUCUGGACUCUCAGCAAUCAACACAGCCUCUCAGGGACCCGCAUCUCGCCCCUUCUAGAACUUCACAGGAGCCACACCAAAACUCUCACGGAGUGAUUCCUUCCGAAUCAAAGCCUUUCGUAGCUAGUAAACCUAAACCUCACACCCCCAGUCUUCCAAGGCCUCCAGGCUGCCCUGCUCAGCAAGGUGGGAGUGCCCCCACUGACCCUCCUCCAGUCCAUGAAUCUCCACACCCUCCCCUGCCUGCCACUGAGCCAGCUUCUCGGUUAUCCAGUGAGGAGGGAGAAGGCGAUGACAAAGAAGAGUCUGUUGAAAAACUGGACUGUCAUUAUUCAGGUCAUCAUCCUCAGCCAGCAUCUUUUUGCACAUUCGGGAGCCGGCAGAUUGGAAGAGGCUAUUAUGUGUUUGACUCCAGGUGGAACCGGAUUCGCUGCGCCCUCAACCUCAUGGUGGAGAAGCAUCUGAACGCGCAGCUGUGGAAGAAAAUCCCACCAGUGCCCAGUACCACGUCACCCGUCUCCACCCGUGUUCCUCACCGGACAAACUCACUGCCCACAUCCCAGUGUGGGGCCAGCUGUCUGGCAGCAGCCACCAUGUCUACAUCCCCAGCUCUGCUCUCCUCCACCUGCAGCUCCCCAAACAGCAAAUCGGUACCAGCUCACGGAACCACACUAAAUGCACAGCCUGCCGCGUCCGGGGCCAUGGACCCCGUGUGCAGUAUGCAGUCCAGACAAGUGUCCUCGUCCUCAUCCCCGUCCACGCCCUCUGGCCUCUCCUCGGUGCCCUCCUCCCCCCUGUCCAGGAAACCUCAGAAGCUGAAGUCCAGCAAGUCUUCAAGGCCCAAGGAGUCUUCUGGGAGCAGCACUGACUGUCACACCAGUGGCAGCCGGACCAGCGGCACCUCAGGGAAGAAGCGCAAAGCUGGUUCCCCACUGUUAGUUCACUCUGCCUCCGCCGCUGCCGCCGCCUCUUCGUCUCAUUCCAUGGAGUCUUUUAGGAAGAACUGUGUGGCUCACUCGGGGCCGCCCUACCCCUGCACAGUAACAUCUUCCCACGGCAUCGGCCUCAACUGCGUGACGACUAAAGCGAACUCGGUGAGUGUCCGGCACGAGCAGUCAGGGAGGGGCGCCCCCGGAGGUAGCCCUGCCGAGUCCAUCAAGAGGAUGAGUGUGAUGGUGAACAGCGGCGACUCCACGCUUUCCCUCGGCCCGUUCAUCCACCAGUCCAGCGAACUGCCCGUCAAUUCCCACGGCGCUUACUCACACUCGCACACUCCUCUGGACAAACUCAUAGGAAAGAAAAGGAAGUGCCCGCCUGGCUCGAGCGGUGUCAGCAGCAGCAGCAGCAGCAAACCCACUAAGGUUGCCAAAUUGCCAGCCAUGAACAAUGUCCAUGUGAAACACGCAGGCGCCAGCCCAGGGGCACCAGGACUGACGAGCAGUUCCUUCCUUCAUCAGGAUAUCGCCUCACCUUGCUCACGAGCAGGAAUUUCAGCAGCACCAUCCCAGAGCCCUGAUCUAAAAUCCAAAGACACGUCCCUGACAACUGAAAAUAGCUCGGGGAGGAAUAGCCCGGACACUUUUGAUGACAAGUUACACCUCCACUCAGCACUCUGGACUCCGCGAUGCCUUUGAGUCUGUUUUCCCAACCUCCUGCCGGCCUCAAGGGUGGAGCUCUGCGGCUGUUGUUUUAACGAGGAGUUCCCUGAAGCUAUGUCUGUAGCAGUUUGUCAACCAAGGGGAGUUGAUCAAGGAUUGAGAGAGACAUCCUACUUAUACUUGUUUUUAUCAUAAUGCUCUCCAGUUCCAUCCAUGCUGUUGCAAAUGGUGAACUAAGGAAAGCAAGAAACUGUCCCCAUUCAAGGAAGGGGCUGGUAGUUUUGGAUCUUUGUGUGUUGGGAAUUCACAGCAGAAAGUCUGGAAGGAGCAGGGCUUCCUCACAACCAGAGGGUCCCUGACCACCAACACCAGCUUCAUUCUCAAGCUCCUUCACGUAGCAGCAGGACUCCACAAAGCAGUCGCAGUGACCCAUUGCCAGGGCCAUCAAUCUGACAGGACUCCCUGCCCUAGGGAACAACAAGGAGGACAGGGAGAGCCAGAGAUGGAGUGUUCCUCCAGGCAGCCUGCAGCAUGGGGACGCUGAAGCCCAAGUGGACAGGCCCACACUGGCUACUCCUGGCCACACCGACGGCAGCCCAGCUGCGGGGAUGUCCAUUCUGGGUCCACUCCUCCAAGUUGAAGAGGGCCCCUGUACCCCAGGCUCCACCCCAAGCAGCUUGUAUCGGAAUGUCAACCUCAGACUGACUGACCUUAAAUUCCUGAGGAACCAUUCUGAGAAUUCUCUCUGACAAAGGCAGUGAGAGGGAAGUGCCCCGCCUCUGACUCCACCUUCGCAAGCCUGCUUUGUUCCCACGGCGGCCAGGAAUACUGCUUCUGAGCGUCUUGCAUAUAGCCAUGCUAAUCAUUAGAGGAAUUCAGCUUGUGGCUUGAGUUCUACAAAACAGUCCUUUACCAGAGAGUGCCUCUCCGAAGGAGAUAAGGGAGGAAAACAGUUGGAUCUCUAGACUGAAGCUCUUAUUCUGGGACUGAAGUACACAGAAUUACACAAUCAAGUUCAAUCAUCGCCAGCUUUCGUAGUCCUACCCAAAGCUACAGAACAGGAAAGAGAACCUCUCAAGAAAAAUCCUGAUGUUCUGAUUUAGGAACAAGAUACCAGGCAGCCAGAUACAGACAGCUACACUGGAUUUGACUUACAAGCAAACUGACUCAAGAAUGCCCUCUGCUGAGCUUAGAUUUACUGUUCGGCUCAGAGCCUGACUGCUGACAACUCUGCUGCUCCGUUCUCCAUCCCAUCAUCACCAGACCAGCUGAGGCAGCGGGAGAGGAGGACCCCAAGGAGAUCCUGCUAGGCUUAGCUCCGUGGACUCCUGUACAUCUUACCACACACUCCAUCUAGGACAACUAGGCCACUCGUUUCUCAAACACAUCCCUAAUUUAUUUGUGCUAUUCCAUCACUUCCUAUUAAAAUCCUAAAUAUGCAGUGA